AGCAGAUACCGCACAGUCACGCCCAGACACGCACAUAGAGCGCGCGGGAUGCGUGCGAUCUGACGAACAGCGGCUUGUUACAACAGUUUCAAACAGAGAAUCAGCAUCAUGACCAGGUCUCUGCAGGACGAGCAGGAGUCAGUGGAGUCGGAGGAGCAGCAGGAGCUUCACAGCCCCUCAGAAGAAGGAGGGGAGGAAGAGGAGGACAGCCUCCACCAUCUGGAAGAUGAAGAGGAAGACGACGACGGCGAAGAGGAAGAGGAGGACGAGGAUGGAGAGAACAAACCCAAGAGGCGAGGGCCAAAGAAGAAGAAGAUGACAAAGGCUCGUAUUCAGAGGUUUAAGGUCCGUCGUAUGAAAGCUAACGCCCGGGAGAGGAACCGCAUGCACGGGUUGAAUGACGCUCUGGAGGGUCUCCGGAAAAUCGUCCCUUGUUACUCCAAAACCCAGAAACUGUCCAAAAUCGAGACGCUACGCCUUGCCAAGAACUACAUCUGGGCCCUGAGUGAGAUCCUGCGCUCUGGCAAAGCGCCCGACCUCAUGAGCUUCGUCCAGGCGCUUUGCAAAGGUCUGUCUCAGCCGACCACUAACCUGGUGGCGGGCUGCCUGCAGCUGAAUCCUCGGACCUUUCUGCCGGAGCAGACGCCUGACCUACCGGUUCACCUUCCUCCCGCCGGCGCGGCCACCUAUCCUGGACAUUACUCCUACCAGAGCUCUGGGCUAACGGCCGGCCUGCCCAGUCCGCCCUACGGCACCAUGGAGCCCUCCCACAUCUUCCACCAGGUCAAAGGUCAACCCUACAGCCCACUGGAGCCCUUCUUUGAUGGCGUCCUGGUAUCGGAGGCCCCGGCGUUUGACCCGCCCCUCAGCCCGCCGCUCAGCAUCAACGGGAAUUUCUCGUCCUUCAAGCACGAGACCGCCACAGCUGCCGACUACGACAAGAGUUUCUCCUUCAGCGUGCAUUACGGUGGCGGAGGAGCUGGGGGACACCCUGCUCUCUAUAACGGCGGGGGGUCCAACCCACGGUGUGGUGAGCUGCAGGUGGACGGGCUGAUGGGCUUUGACGGACACUCACACCAUGAGCGGAUGAUGAACGCCCAGCUGAAUGCCAUCUUCCACGACUCCUGAGGAAGAGGAGGAUGGAGGACAGAGAGACUGAUGAAGACGGAGAGACGAACUGAGAGACAGUUAUAUGGACAGACAGACAGUUCUGUGUAUGUCUAUCAUUUCAUAGCUGUCUUUCCUUCUUUCUCUUCUUCUUUCUGUCUGCGUCAGGCUCUUGGACUCCUCACCAUGUGAUGCCGAUGUCACGUUGAUGAUGUAACCUUCUGUGUAGCUCUUCAUCCUGCAGGAGACGGUCUCUGAAUGUCUCGUUAUUAUCCAUAUUAUCACAUAAAAAUAAUCAAAAAGCAAUAAUCUGGAGGAAACUAUGCAAUUUUGUUCAAAUCUGAGCUACGCUCAGAUGAUAAUUCCAAAUGUUGAAAGAAUAAAGAUUUCUCUAUUUUUGGGUCUGUAUGUAAGGCGGCUUUGAGCCGGAACUGGGCUGAAGUGUUCAUGUUGUUCAUGUGAUUUUUACUUUGUGCUUUUUAUAACGUUCCUGUAGCGUUCUGUUAACAUUUCAUGUGACUUUUGUUCAUAUUUUAUAAGAUAGAUGUUUAUAAAGGCCUUUUAUUAAAAGGAAUUCAAUGUGAAUUAUCUGAGAGUCUCUGUUCAUCA